AGGUAUUGUGCGUCCGAGGGCUUUUUAGCAGCUGACAUCAACAAACAGCGGAGCUGUGUGUGUUGACCGGUUGUUCUUAACCAUUUACUCAGGAAAAUCGCAGUUUUACGGCUCACGGGCGGUAGUGCACUGCAGCGGCUAUAAUGGCGGAAACGGACCCGAAAUCUGUACAGGAUUUGACCUCAGUGGUACAGACGCUGCUGCAACAGAUGCAGGAUAAGUUCCAGACCAUGUCAGACCAGAUCAUCGGGAGAAAUAUCGAGAUGAGCACCCGCAUCGACGACCUGGAGAAGAACAUCGCCGACCUCAUGACCCAGGCGGGCGUGGAGGAGAGCGAGGGAGAGAGCAAGGCCGUCGAAGGCCAAGGGGCGUAGCGCCCAGCUGCGCCCAGACGGGUUGCCAAGUAACUAAAGUAAUUAAGAAUUUCUAAACGAGCAGCAGACCUUUUCAAAAGUAGGGUGUGAUUUGUUUUAUUUUUUAUUUUGAAUUGCUGUGUCUGUGUAGUGUUUUUUUUUAUUUUAUAUCCACUCUUGUGAUAAUGUAUAUGAAACUUUGUGUGCUGACUGUAAGUUCUUGUUUAAGUGGGUGUUUUACAGAACAUUUGCCUGGAAGAACAGCGUUUAGCCUAACUCAGAGCUGAGGUCCGCAGGACUGACAGCGCGACACAUUCCAGCCUGUGCCAUUUUGUUCAAUUAAAACAAUUUCCUACACA